AAAGACUCCAUUAAUUAACGCCAAUCUAGAAAACAGUUUCUUCUUCUUCUUUUCUAGCUGACCUAAAUUAUUUUCUUCCUCCAAACAAUCUUUUUAGGGUUUUUAUAAUUCAGUUACUGAAUUAAAAAACCCCAGUUUUCAAUUUCGUUUUCAUCGUCAACAAAUUUCAGGGUGUGAAAGCUAGGGGUUUUAGAUUGUAUAUGAAGAUGAAGAAAGCGAAGUUUGAUACAUUUUUGUCAUUUACAAGACAGAGAUCGGUACAAGUUUUGAUUUUUAUUGGGUUUUUGUAUUUAUUUAUGAUGAGUUAUGAAAUUCCAUUAGUAUUUAAAAUUGGGUUUAGUGAAGUUUCAUCAGGAGAAGACAAUUUCAAUGGGUUUAUAAAUGAAGUCAUUCAGCUUGAUACUGCAGAAGAGUUGGAAGCAAAAGAGUCACCAAUUCAACCCUUAAAGAAGGUUUCUUAUAGGGUUUCUCAAUCUACAUUUCCAGAACCCUUUCAAGAAAAAAGGAGAAUUCUAUCUGGGUUGAGAUAUCAAGAGAGUAUAUCUAAUACUAGUAAACAAGGGGUUUCUGAGCUACAGAAAUCUGUGAAAGAUGCAUGGGUGAUUGGGAAGAAAUAUUGGGAGGAGUUACAGUCAGGGAAACUGAAGAUUGAUGAGGUAAAAAAGGUUGAAAAUUUAUCAGAAUCAUGUCCACAUUCAGUUUCAUUAUCUGGUACUGAAUUUUGGAACAAGGGGAAGGUUAUAGUGUUACCAUGUGGAUUGACAUUGGGAUCACAUAUAACUAUCGUUGGCAAACCACAUGGUGCACAUCCUGAGUAUGAUCCAAAGAUAGCCUUGGUAAGAGAUGCUUCCGAAUCAGUUAUGGUUUCACAGUUUAUGAUGGAACUGCAAGGUUUGAAAACAGUUGAUGGAGAAGAUCCACCUAGGAUUCUGCAUUUUAAUCCUAGGUUGAGAGGUGAUUGGAGUGGUAAACCUGUUAUUGAACAGAAUACUUGUUAUCGGAUGCAGUGGGGCACGGCGCUUAGGUGUGAAGGCUGGAAAACUAAAGCUGAUGAAGAAACUGUUGAUGGACAGGUGAAGUGUGAGAAGUGGAUAAGGGAUGAUGAUAACCGUUCGGAGGAAUCAAAGGCGACUUGGUGGUUAAACCGGUUGAUUGGGCGCACUAGGCAGGUUACUGUUGACUGGCCAUAUCCGUUUGCAGAGGACAAAUUGUUUGUUCUUACCCUUAGUGCUGGCUUGGAAGGUUAUCAUGUUAGUGUUGAUGGAAGGCAUGUCACCUCUUUCCCUUACCGCACUGGUUUUGUUCUUGAGGAUGCAACUGGGCUAUCCUUGAAUGGUGACAUUGAUGUGCAUUCCAUAUUUGCUGCUUCCUUGCCCACAGCUCACCCAAGUUUCGCUCCACAAAGACAUCUUGAGAUGUCAAGUAAAUGGAAAGCUUCACCUCUUCCUGAUGGACCAGUAGAUCUUUUCAUUGGAGUCCUCUCUGCAGGCAACCAUUUCUCUGAGAGGAUGGCUGUGAGAAAGUCUUGGAUGCAGUCUGAUCUAAUAAAAUCAUCGAAUGUGGUCGUGCGUUUCUUUGUUGCAUUGAAUGGAAGGAAAGAAGUAAAUGUAGAAUUGAAGAAAGAAGCAGAAUUCUUUGGUGAUAUUGUUAUUGUUCCUUUCAUGGAUAGUUAUGACCUUGUGGUUCUGAAGACUGUUGCCAUUUGUGAAUAUGGGGUUCACACUGUAUCCGCAAAAUACAUAAUGAAAUGCGAUGAUGACACAUUUGUGAGAGUGGAUUCAAUGAUCGAGGCAACAAAGAAAGUUCCAGAGGGUAGGAGCCUCUAUGCAGGAAACAUAAAUUACUACCACAAGCCCUUGCGUUAUGGUAAAUGGGCCGUCACAUAUGAGGAAUGGCCAGAAGAAUAUUAUCCACCCUAUGCAAAUGGACCAGGCUACAUAGUGUCAUCUGACAUUGCAGAGUAUAUUGUAUCUGAUUUUGAGAAAAACAAGCUUAGGCUGUUCAAGAUGGAGGAUGUUAGCAUGGGGAUGUGGGUUGAGCAGUUCAAUGUGUCAAAACCAGUCCAGUAUGUUCAUAGCUUGAGAUUCUGCCAGUUCGGGUGCAUUGAAGAUUAUGUCACGGCUCACUACCAAUCCCCCAGGCAGAUGAUAUGCCUGUGGGACAAAUUGCAAACAGUGGGAAGACCUCAGUGCUGUAAUAUGAGAUGAUGAUGCUGGAAUUAAUAACAGGGAUGUUGUUCUGGUGGUAAUGGUGAUAAUGAUGUGAGAGAUUGGUCUCUUAAAAGAGAAGCAAGUUUUGCAGAAUCAGCGCCUUAUGAUGUAUAUUCUUUAUGUCUGGGGAAGGUCGGGAAUAGUGAGUUUCAUGUGGCAGUUCUUAUGCCCUUCCAAAUUCAUUCAUUUUUUUUCUUCUUCUAGGUUUACUUUUGCUUUUCUUUUGAAGGCGAGGGAACGGGUUGUUGAUAGAGGGUAGGAACAAGUUGACAACUCUUAGGUUCUGUAAUCUAUAGGAAAUACCACACAGCAGAUGAAAAUGAAACUUUAGGUUUCUUCAUUUUAAUUUUCUAUGUUCAGUUCGUAUGCCCUAUUCUAGUUGAUAAAUAGUUCAGCAGAGUAGAAGAAGAAAAAAAUCAAAUGCUUAG